GGCUCACCUAAAAAAACAUGAUAAUUUUAAUUAUGAUAUGUAUUUGUUUUCAUUUUGAAUAUUUCCAUUAAUUUAUUUUGGUACAAAGUCCAUCGAAGUACUUUGGGAGUUAAUGAAAAUGUCCCUUUUCAAGAUAUCAACCCCUGUGAACAAACUAGCUGCCUGCUUCCUCAACAGGGGCAUAGCCAGCUUGAGUGCCCUUUCAGAAACUCACCAAAUGCUACAAAAGACUUGCAGGGACUUCGCUGAAGGAGAACUCAAACCAAUUGCUGCUAAAGUUGAUAGGGAACACUUGUAUCCCAGAGAACAAAUAAAAAAAAUGGGGGAACUAGGCCUGAUGGCUAUCACGACACCUGAAGACUUGGGCGGUACCGGACUAGAUUACUUGGCAUAUUCGAUUGCGAUGGAAGAAAUCUCUAGAGGUUGUGCAAGUGCUGGUGUUAUAAUGUCUGUCAACAAUUCUCUCUAUCUGGGGCCCAUUCUCCAUUGGGGUACUUCGAAGCAAAAGGAAACAUUUGUUACCCCUUUCACAACAGGUGAAAAGGUAGGUUGCUUUGCCUUAUCAGAACCUGGAAAUGGAUCCGAUGCCGGAGCUGCUUCCACAACAGCUAAGGAAGAUGGAUCUCAUUUCGUACUGAACGGAACCAAGUGUUGGAUUACCAACGGGUUCGAAAGUGAAGCGUCAGUGGUAUUUGUGUCUACAGAUAGGAAUCUGAAAAACAAAGGCAUAUCUACUAUUAUUGUACCCAAACCAAUAGAAGGCCUGGAACUAGGAAAAAAAGAAGACAAGCUGGGCAUAAGAGGAUCCUCAACAUGUAAUUUGAUAUUCGAUGGUUGCAGAGUGCCCAAGGAAAACAUUUUGGGAGAGCCUGGAUUUGGAUUCAAGAUCGCCAUGAUGACUCUCGAUGCAGGUAGAAUAGGUAUAGCCAGCCAAGCUCUAGGCAUUGCCCAGGCUUCUCUUGAAGUAGCUGCGGAGUACGCUUCCAAACGUCUGGCCUUCGGAAAGCCCCUCACCAAGCUGCAGACGAUCCAGAACAAGUUGGCAGACAUGGCUCUCCAACUGGAAUCUGCCAGGUUGCUGACCUGGAGGGCGGCUUGGCUGAAGGACAACAAGAAACCCUACACCAAAGAAGCUGCGAUGGCAAAGUUGGCUGCUAGCGAAGCCGCCACGUUCCUCAGCCAUCAGUGUAUACAGAUUUUGGGCGGGAUGGGGUACGUGUCUGAUAUGCCGGCUGAGCGCCAUUAUAGAGAUGCAAGGAUUACUGAAAUCUAUGAAGGAACCUCUGAGAUUCAGAGGCUGGUUAUCGCAGGAAAUUUGAUUAAGGAAAUGGGUAUCAAUUAAUUAUUUUCAAGGUGUUUCGGCUUGUUUUUGAGAAACCGUUUUUCCAGACAAUUUUUAUAUUUACACUGUAUUUCAGACUGACUGAUUAUUUUUAUAGAAAAGUGUCUUAUAUUGUACUGUGAACUCAAAUAUAUUACUUCUACAACUGUUA